ACUUCGAGAAGAUGCUUACCUUACUCGGGGACGUGUUGAACAUUAUGGGAUAUACCAACUUACUUACAGUUCAGAAACGCAAAGAGUUUUUGCGAUUUGACAUUGCGGCGGAAUAUAGAGCGCUUUGCUCGCCCGCAUCAUGCAGCACACCCGAACUACUGUUUGGUGACGAAGUUGUGAAAAAUCUCAAAGAUCUCGGUGUCGCACAUCGUCUUGGUGCCAGAGCCGGAAGAUUUCCGAGGAGACGUGGGACCCGUGGUUUCUAUCGCAAUCGACCCUAUAACUUCGGUUUUCGGGGACGAGGUAGAGGUUUUGGACGGUCACAGAGCUAUGAUAGUUUCCCUCAGGACGCCUCCCAGACAAACUCUUUUUUAGAGAACGGACCGAACCAGUUCAAUUCGUUCCGGUUCAAGAAACACUUUCAAAAAAGAGGGAGGGGGAAGUAGAUGACCCCAGCGAGCUGGAGGAUAGAGCCACUCAGGUAGACCCAGGAUGAUCCCCAGGGGAAACCAAGCCCUAUACCUCCCAUGGAGUCGGGACACUCAUCCACAGUUGAAUCAGAUGAUUCUAGGAGUUUUCCCAGUCUCAGGAAAUCCUGGCAAGAGAGAGGAAUAUCUCCGCAAGUUGCCGACGUUAUGUUGCAGUCCUGGCGAGGAAGUACUCGCAAACAGUACAAGACGUACUGGGACAGAUGGAUUAAGUUUUGUUCUAGGAAACAAGUUGAUUCAGUUUCUCCCCCUAUAGAAAUGGUGUUGGAAUUUCUGUAUGAACUGUACUCAGAAGGUUUGAGUUAUAGCAGCCUUAAUACAGCCAGAAGUGCUCUAUCUGUGCUGAUUGUUUCUACUGCUGUACCGGUGGGAGAACACCCACUAGUGAAGAGGUUUAUGAAGGGCGUAUACCAAGCUCGUCCCGUUACCUCUAGAUAUUCGGACAUAUGGGAUGCUAAUGUUGUAUUGGACUACUUGAGAAAGUUGACGCCUGUGCGUAAGCUCUCAUUAGUGAAUUUGUCAAUCAAACUAGUAUUACUGUUUUCGUUAACUACCGCCCAGAGAGGGCAAACAUUGCAUUUAUUUGAUAUUGAUCAUAUGGACAUCAGAAACAAGUGUUCAAGAGUGACAUUUUAUUUGCAAGAACAUAUUAAACAGUCAAGAUGUGGGAAAGCGUUUCCCAAAGUGGAUGUACAUGCUUAUGCCCCCGAUAGGAGCAUUUGUCCUAUCACAUCUCUCAAUGAGUACAUUGCUAGAACUGGAAAGUUGAGAGGCUCAGAAACAAGACUUUUGAUUAGUACAAUCAAGCCUCAUACUCGAGUUUCCCGAGAUACUGUCAGUAGAUGGAUUAAACUUGGUCUUAGUCGUGCUGGUAUAAACACAAAUAGGUUUAAAGCACAUAGUACAAGAUCAGCUUCAGUGUCUGCUGCAAUGAGGUCAAGCGUACCUGUUUCAGACAUUCUACAGAGAGCUGGUUGGUCAUCAGCUAAGACAUUUGCCAAAUAUUACAAUAAACCUUUGGCUAAGUGCAGUUCAGAGAAUUUCUCACAGGCUAUUCUGUCUAGCAAGAACCAGUAA